AACAAUUGUUGCACGCGCUAUCCGAAUGUGAGGUAUUUAAACAAAAGGCCCUGGAAUACCAAGAGCAAGAUGCGUCCAAGUCUCAGCUGCUCAUGUCUGUACGAGAGGAAUGUGAUGCAUUGCGCAGUCGCAUUGCGCAGAUCGAAUUAGAGGUGACAACCAGCCGAGAGGACCAUCAACGCCUGGUUUCAGAGGCUCGGCGUGCCCGAUCGGAGGCGGAAGAACUGCGUCAGGAGCGCGAUUCUCUUACGCAACAGGUGUCAACUGGCCAACGACAAAUAGAACAGAUGAGAUUGGCCCUGGCUGAGGCUCUUAUCCGGUCUAAAAACCCAACAUCCCAGUCCAAUAACACCUCGGACACUACGUCGAACAAUCCAGAUCCAGUUGACCAGAUUAAGGCAACUGCAAACACCGUUCAGCAUGCCACCGCGCCUGGUGAGCGAAACAUGUGCACGCUCAUGCGAACCCCGGAAGCCGCGAUCACUUCCACUUCAGCACCAUUGGGCAUAGUACGUUUGCAACCAAGCUUCAUUUUUUGGUGGUGCUUUUAUGGAUGA